AUGAGCACGAACUUAGUCACAUCAGCUCUGCCCCAUGUCUCUCCAUGGACAAAACAUCCGAUCAAAGUUGGACCACUUGGGUUCCAAUCACCAGGAACUAGUGUCGGGUUUGGAGAAGACAGCACUCCCCCUGUGCCUCGAAUUUACCACUCGUCUUCAGUAAUAUCCGAUUCUUCGGGAGAUAUAUUUAUCUUCGGUGGGGAGUCGAAUGGUCAGACCAAAAACGACACAUGGAUAAUCAGGCUUCUUGAGGAUCAAGGUUCGCGACAGAGACGAAAUUUGGAUCCUACGUGCAUAGAUGUCAUGACUAAUUUACUGGAGACGACUGGAGAGGCACCCAGUCCUCGAAUAGGGCAUGAAAAUGGCGAAUAUGUCCGCAAGGACAAUUCUACUUAUAUAUUGAACCUGACUACCCGCCACUGGACUAAGCUGGACAUCCGUCCUGCCCCGCGUCCGCGGAUUGCGCCUGCGGCUUGCAUUUCUGGAAACCAUUUUAUUGUGUACGGCGGAUCCGGAGAAAAAGAUGGAAUAAUUGAACUUUGUAACGAUAUGUGGAAGCUGGAUCUAGAUUCAUCAGUGACUAAAGGAACCCCCAGAUGGGAAAGAAUUCAAGUUACCCCAGAUACCGUGUCACCAGACGAGAGAAUGGGGCAUACCAUGGUCGCAUACGAAAACAAGCUGUACAUGUAUGGUGGAAGGCACUGCAAAAAUCACAUGUGGAAAGACACAUGGUAUUUCGAUAUGGAUGCUCGAGCAUGGGCUCGUGUCCAAUGCACUAGUAACUGUCCACCCCCACGGACAAAUCAUUCUGCCACCCUAGUCAAGGAUGUAAUAUAUAUGUUUGGAGGGUAUGAUGAUCAACAAGAAUUUGGAGAUAUGUGGUGUUUCAACAUAGCUGAGCAGAGAUGGUACCAGCUCCCCUCUAUGGAUUAUGAGCCAUCGCCAAGGAGCGGACACAUACUAGCUACAACCAAGGGGAGAGUGUUAGUUUUGGGGGGUAUCGUAUACAGGAGUGUGACCCCCGAAAUGGCGCAGCUCGUGUACGUUUUGAAUACGAAUUUGAUCAACUUUUCGGAGCAGGGAAGAGGCCCGACCUUUAUGCCAAUCGAUGAAUGGUCGGGCUCAACCAGGAUAGGAGACACACUAGAAGGAGAAUUUCGCGAUGAUCUCACAGUUAUUCGAUCAGAUACGGAUGAUACCAGAGUAGACAAAUUAGUAACGGCUCUUGAAAACCUCGGAUCGAACGCCCCAAAGAAAUUAGACCAAAGCACAGCUGCAUUUGGUACUCAGGACACCAUCACUAGGACUAUGCCCGCAACGGAGGUUUUGAAGUAUUUAAUUGCGCACGGUUGUCGAGAUGUUUCCAAAGAGGUUAACAUACUCCAAGUUUCCGAUUACCCAAUGUCAUUUGGUGGAUUCGGUGAUGUGUACUGCGCUACGCUUCAAAACGGAGAUCGCGUGGGCAUAAAGUGCGUGCGAAUGCUAACGAAUUCGAGCUUGGAAGGAAAGAAGAUUCUGAAGAGUGCUGCGCAUGAGCUUUACGUAUGGUCUAAAUGCAAGCAUCCUAAUGUGAUCGAACUGUUGGGUGUCAUGCUGUUUCGGGACCAAAUUGCAAUGGUCUCACCCUGGCUCGAUAACGGACACCUCAGAACCUUCCUUGUUCAGAACCCACAAAUUGAUCGCUGUGCCCUAUGCGCACAAGUUGCGGAUGGGGUCGCCUACCUUCAUCGCCAGUCUAUAGUUCACGGAGAUCUAAAACCGGAAAACAUACUCAUAUCACAAGACCAUACCCCACGAUUAACAGAUUUUGGAAACUCAGCACUUGCUGAAUAUACGCUUCAAUUUACACACUCUAGUACGGUGCAGGGCAUGUCGCUACGUUGGGCAGCGCCAGAGAUAAUUCAAGAGGAAAGCAAGCCAACGCAUGCAAGCGAUGUAUACGCGCUUGGAAUGAUAAUUUUCGAAGUGAUAUCGCGGGAAAUGCCAUAUGCAGGUGCCAAAGACUCAGCGAUAGUAUUCAAGGUCGUCGGAGGAGUCAAGCCCACUCGACCGGAGGCGCAUAUACCUAAAGGAAUAGAACAAGCAGAUCGCCUAUGGUCGAUGUUGAACAGCUGUUGGGCCAACGAACCUGAGGAACGACCCAAUGCGUUUGAAGUUAAAAACUUGAUAGCAAAGAUCACACCGCAGGGAUUACUUUCGCAUGUUGAUUUGGAGUAG